GUGAAACAGAACUCUCUCCGAUCCUACAUUGGUGUAGUUCCUCAGGACACUGUUCUUUUCAAUGAUAACAUCCGUGAAAACAUUCGCUAUGGACGCAUCUCUGCAAGUGACCAAGAAGUAGAAGAGGCUGCAGUGGCUGCUGAUAUCCACCAUAAGAUAUUAUCCUUUCCAGAUGGAUAUGAUACUGAGGUGGGUGAAAGGGGUCUGAAGUUGAGCGGAGGGGAGAAACAGAGAGUGGCCAUCGCUCGCACAAUCCUAAAAUCCCCUCGCAUUAUUUUGCUUGAUGAAGCUACAUCUGCUUUGGACAGUCAAACAGAGCGUAACGUUCAGGCUUCUCUCGCUAAGGUGUGUGCCAACCACACCACUCUAGUCGUGGCACACAGGUUAUCCACCAUCAUCAAGGCCGAUCAGAUCCUGGUUCUUCAUGACGGGCGGAUAGCAGAACAAGGAAGGCACGAGGAGCUGCUGGCCAUGGGGGGACUGUACGCAGCCAUGUGGUUAAAACAGCAGCAAACCCCAGAGUCAGAGGUCUCUACAGAUGAACAACCGCAGGAGCCACAGCAGAGUGGCUGAAGCUGAUGGAGCAGCGAUGAUGAAUGGGGAUGGGUGAAAUCAAUCAGGAAAAUGGUAAAAGAGUUCAUCUCAGACACGGCCACCAGACUGCACAAAAGUAAUAAACUACGAAGAGUGUUUCUCAGGGAAAGGUGUCAUUAAAAAUCUACCAAUCAUUGAGUACCUCUAAAUAUGUUAAAGGGUUAGUUCACCCUAAAAUGAAAAUGGUCCUCAUUUACUCAUUACCCUCAUUUUGUUCCAAACUUGUAUGACUCUUUUCUUCUGUGCAAAAUAAAAGCAGAUACUGUGUUUUGAUUUUGAGUGGUGGCAACCAGUGGUUCCCAUUGACUUUCAUUGUAUGCACAAAAACCACUGACAUUUCUCUUCUUUUAUGUCUCACAAAAAAAGUCAUACAGGUAAAUAAUGACCGCAUUUUCAUUUUUGGUGAAUUUUCCCUGUAAUGCUUAGGAAACAGCAUUAGUAUAAAAAUACUGUCAUGUGAUGACUAUAUUCAGUCAUUUCUGUUACAUUGGUUUUUUCUUUAUAUUACAUGUAACACUUUUGUUUACACUUCUAUCCAUCACUGUAAACUGAGGAGAUGUGGAGGAAUCUCUGUCGUCUACUGAUGGGAAUUGUAGGUAACAUGUUCACUUGCUCAGGGUCAUGUUUCUUUCAUUA